CUAUUAUAAAUUAUAGAUAAUGUUAUGUAACUGUACUGCAUAUUUAUAUUUUUUUGUAGUUCUCAGAACUGCAAGGAAGAACUGCUUUGAUAUAUUUUCUAUUCAUACUCACUCCUUGAUUAAUAAUGUAUGAUUGUUAUUAACAUAAUAAAAAUUAGUAGUCUUCAAAUAAGAUUCAUCCCAUAUAUUUACAAAAGGCUAACUUGUUCCUCAUGUUUGUCUGCUGUAUCCUGGAUACAGGCGGUAUCACAACGACCUUUUAGACUUCAUCAAUCCAGUGGGAACAACCACAAAAGACGAUAUGUGACAUGUGAGACAACAUCUUCUUGUCUUCUGUGUUGUUUCCCCCCAGUAUUACACAAAAUGAACCAAUCAGGUACCAGCGACAACCUUCUGGGGUCUGAGGAGGGUGCUCCUCCGGAGGUCCGUCUCCCAGACUCAGACCCGGGGGGGGCUGCCCCCCCGGAGAGGGCCGCUGCGGGCUCCAGGUGGGGGGUCGUGGGGCCCGCUGCGGAGGAGGAGAUCACGGGGGACCCGAGCACCUCUCCGGAGAGCUGCAGACAGGAGGACCUGGUCCCAGACCCUGAGGCGGAGCAGAAGGAGCUGGACGACCAGCGGGCCGAGGUGAGGGCGCGGGUGCGGAGGCGGUGGCAGAUGCAGUGGCAGAAGCAGAGGACGGCCUCCAUCCUGUCCUCCCUGACCAUGGAUUGCAUGCGGACCGCCAAGUCCCCCACGGACUCUGACAACCAGGAGCAGCUGGAGUCCAGAUGGAGAAACUUCCACCCAGAUGCUCUCUCUGCUGAAGUCACGGAAAGCUUUGACAUCGACAAGCUGUUUGAAAUUGUGGCCAGCGGCGAGGUUGAAAGGCUGCAUGGACUGAAGGACUACUUGUAUAAGACCAUGAAACCACUCUCUCACUCCGUGUAUCAGUCCCAUGGGAAGACAGCCCUGAUGAAGGCUCUGCUGAACGUGAGCAGUGGGGAGAAUGAGAUAGUGGACUGCCUGCUGAACAUUGCAGAGGACAUGGGAGACAUCGAGAUGUUCAUCAACUCCUCCUACACAAGCGACUUCUACAAAGGUCAAACGGCUCUCCACAUUGCCAUCGAGAGAAGGAACAUGUAUUAUGUGAAGAAGCUGGUGGAGAAGGGAGCAGACCUCUGCGCCAAAGCCUGUGGAAGAAUGUUCCAGCCAGACAGCUCUGAUCCCAGCUUCUACUUUGGGGAGCUGCCUCUGUCCCUGGCUGCCUGCACCAACCAGCCUGAGCUGGUGGACUUCCUUCUGGGCGCGUCGGCCAGCGUCGUGGAGCAGGACUCCCAUGGCAACACGGUGCUGCACGCCCUGGUGAUGGUGGCGGAUGACGACAGCCAGGACAACACCAGGUUCAUCACGGCCAUGUAUGACCACAUCCUGCUCGCCACCGCCAAGGUCAACUCGGACUGGAGGUUGGAGUCCAUACAGAACAAGGAGGGGCUGACCCCCCUGAAGCUGGCCGCCAAGACGGGCAAGGUGGAGCUGUUCAAAUACCUCCUCCAAAGGGAGUUCAAGAACAAGGACACAAAGCACCUGUCCCGCAAGUUCACCGAGUGGGCGUAUGGACCCAUCAGCUGCUCCCUGUACGAUCUGGAGGCCCUGGACACCUACGGGGACAAAGGGUCCAUCCUUGAACUGGUGGUCAACGGCAGCGACAACCCUAGGCGUCUGGACCUGCUGCAGGUGGAGCCUCUGUGUGGCCUGCUGAACGAGAAGUGGAACAAAUUCGCAGGCCGUCUCUUCCUGCUGCACUUCCUGGUCUACCUGGUCUACCUCGGGGCCUUCACCACCGUCGCCUACGUGAUAACCUCUCCAAGUUUCCUGACGGAGAACGUGUAUGACGCGUUCCCGUUCCUCGUUCUGAUUACAGUCAUAGCAUCUCUUUACUUCUUCCUCCGAGGGAUCCUUGACUUGAUGAGAAAGCGUCCAAAACUAAGCACAUUCCUGGUAGAUGGCUACUAUGAUGUCUUGUUCUCAAUUCAGGGUGUUCUUUUCCUGUUGUCGUUGACUCUGGCCCUGCUUCAAAUUCAUUUUGACCGCCGCCUAGAGUACCUUAGCUUCCUGAUUCUCAGCUUGGUGUUGGGCUGGGUCAACCUUCUCUACUUCGCCAGGGGCCUGAAACGCAUAGGCGUCUACAGCGUGAUGAUACAGAAGGUCAUCACUGGUGACAUUCUCCCCUUCUUCCUCGUCUACGUCGUCUUCCUCUCUGGCUUCUCCGCAGCCAUAGUCACCAUGCUCACAGACCAGCCCCAGUGGACGGGGACCGGGAACAAGGCUCUGCGCUGCAAGUCCUGCAGAGGGCUGGACAUCAAGGCCAUCUCCUACACCGCCCUGGAGCUCUUCAAGCUCAGCAUCGGGAUUGGAAAACUUGGCAUAAGAAAGAACUAUAAAAACAAGGAGUUGCUGUACCUGCUGCUGAUUGGCUACAUUGUGCUCACCUACGUCCUGCUGAUGAACAUGCUCAUCGCCCUGAUGAGUCACACGGUGGAGGCGACCGCCAAGGAGAACACCCGCAUCUGGCAGCUACAGAGAGGCAUCACCACGCUGGACCUGGAGUGGGGCCUGCCUCGGUGUGUGAGGAGCAGGCUACGGUCCGGGGUGGAGAAGGACCUGUCUGGGGGCGGCAUGGCCAACGAACAGGGCAAGCGCUGGUGCUUCAGAGUGGAGGAGAUGGACUGGAGCGAAUGGAGGGUCAAUCUGGGGAACAUUAGGGAGGAGCCCAUGUCUACACCGAAAACACCAACAGCACAAUCAGCUCCCAAGGAAACAAGCAGAAAAAUCCAAAAUGCUCUACGGACGUUCCGUCAGAGAUCAUCAAAAGAACAACAGCUGGAGAAUGAAGCAUAACAUGAAUGCCUGGCCGCUGGGAUUGUCAUUCACUCUAUACAAUAUGCAUUAUAAUAAAAAUAACUAUAUUGAUCUGCGGAUGUUUACUGGUCUUUCUAUUAUGAAAGUUAAAUCAUUGAAGAAGGACUUUGCUGGGAUUUCAAAUCAUAAUAAA